GGUGGGGUCGAAGGUCGGGCCAGACGGGCUCUCUGGCGGGUUGAGUGGCAACUCGGUCGACUGAUCGAAUAGGUUGGAGCCGUCUAGGCGGCGUUAGCUGCGCGAAGGCACGUACGUGAGGGUCUGGGCUGGCAGACCGGGCGAGGUUGGGAGCCGGGGGCGUGGGAACGGGUUCCGCCUUCCGGAGCCCACAGGCUGUGGCACCUGAGCGCCAGCAUCCAGAGACAACAAGCACGGCUCUGCUCUGGGCCUUCCUCCCCAGAAAGAAGGUCGGGCUAGCGUUGUGAUCUUCCGUCCUGCAAUUACAUAUUGGAGAAAUGAGGCCCCAAGAAGGGGUGGGACUCCCACGACUCCUUUCCAGACGGGGACUUACCCUAACUCCCUUUACGCGCUUCUCUACCUGCAUGGGACCGCCUCUUUCACAUGGGGGUGCUUUUAACGCGUUUACCCGAGUGUAGAGGCCGAGGCUAGGAAACGUGGUGAAUAGAGUUGGGCUGGGAGUCAGAGACCCUUGUUGCAGACUUCGCCGCCCGCAGUCAAUUGUGCGUUCUGGGCCAGAUCUCUUUCCUGUGCUGGGCCUCGGCUUUCUCACUUGUAAAACGGGAUAGUGUUUCUCAGAAUAAUGGUUCUCACAUCAUCUGCUGCGAAAUCUCCCGGGAUGCGUGUUUUGAAAUGCAGAUUCCUGGACCUCAGGAUUUCCUGAAGAUUCCUGGAGAGACUCUUCACCUCAGAGCUUUGCUGACAGCCAAGGAUGGCGAGCAAGGGGCCUUCAGCCUCCACGUCGCCUGAGAACUCCAGUGCAGGGGGGCCCAGUGGGAGCAGCAAUGGUGCUGGCGAGAGCGCAGGGCAGGACAGCACUUUCGAGUGCAACAUCUGCCUGGACACAGCCAAGGACGCCGUCAUUAGCCUAUGUGGCCACCUCUUCUGUUGGCCGUGUUUACAUCAGUGGUUGGAGACUAGACCUAACAGACAGGUGUGUCCUGUUUGCAAAGCCGGCAUCAGCCGAGAUAAGGUCAUCCCGCUCUACGGCCGGGGCAGCACUGGGCAGCAGGACCCCAGAGAGAAGACCCCUCCCCGUCCUCAGGGACAGAGGCCAGAGCCAGAGAACAGAGGGGGAUUUCAAGGAUUCGGAUUUGGAGAUGGUGGCUUCCAGAUGUCUUUUGGAAUUGGGGCAUUUCCCUUUGGGAUAUUUGCCACAGCAUUUAACAUAAAUGAUGGACGGCCUCCUCCAGCUGUGCCUGGGACACCCCAGUAUGUGGACGAGCAGUUCCUGUCACGCCUCUUCCUGUUUGUUGCCCUGGUGAUCAUGUUCUGGCUCUUGAUUGCCUAAUGCUGGGCCCCUGGCCUGCAUCCACGGCAGGGCCUCUGGACUGGUGACACACCCGCCCCCCCCCCCACCCCGGUGUUUGACUUCCUGGCUAAUCUUGACCCCUGGAAUCAGUGGGGCCAGUAACACCUCAAGGAGUCUUGCUUCUCCAUCAGAGCUUUGGAACUCAGGACCAGUUGGUGAGGACCCCGAGUGUGGCCACUAUUGUGAACACCCUGCUGUAACCUCAGGCCUUGGCGUUCAUCCCCUCUCAUAGGUGACACCAUGCAAUCCUGUGCCAGCCAGCUCAGCGGGUCCUGACUCUGCACAGAGAAGAGAUGGCAAAAGAGAAACUGUCUCAGAGUACAAUCUCACCUGAGUCUAAUAUUUCAAAAACAAAGGGACGAGCCAAAUGGUAUUUAUGGAAACUUUCUUUUAUCUCUUUAAAUACCCCUUGGUAAGUGGCCUCUGAAGCCAGUGGGCCUCCUUACGCAGAGAGGCUCCUUUCCUGAUCCUAGUGCUGCUCUGCCCUCUUCCUGCCUCCUUUUCCUUCUCCUCGGCAGAGCAGCAAGAAUUUGCUGUCCCAUAAAGAUCAUGAUUGCAGCAGCUGAACCUGGGGUUUGUCCCAUCUGUUCAUGAAUUCACCAGAGACCCAAAGAUGUUUCACUGGCUCUGGGCUGUGCUCAGUGUCUUUGGCCCUAGAGAGCAGCUUGAAUGGCCUCCUGGAUUCCUGGUGUGGAUUAUCCUCACGGGACAUGCGGCUUCACUGAUAGAUUUCCAUCGGCUUUACCCCCAAAACUACUCACAUCUGCCUGUCUUCCAGUGGGCAUACAGCUUAGGCCACUGCUGAGGCUGAGACUGACUGCUAUGCUAGGAGAGAGUUGCAGUGGGAUCCAGAGUAACUGAACCAGCAGCCCUGAGCUGAGGCUGCAGAAGCUCAGUGCCUUCUCUCCCAGUACCCACCCACAGGAAGCUGGGGCUUUGUCAAGAUGGCCCAGCUGCAUGUUGAAGACCACACUCCUUAGAAGCCCUUUAUGAAGAGGCAGGGAGGGGGAGAGCUGCCAGGAGCCUGAUUUUGGAAUGGCUUGAUGGAUUCCCCCUGCAAACCCCUCGGGAAGCAUGUGACCCCAGAGCCAGCAGUCCCUAUGAUUGCUGAAGCCAGGCAGUGAGGCCUGGGGGGGCCACCAAUGAUAAUAUGAUGUGGAUUCCGUCGUUUGCCUCUAGGGGAAAUUGUUCUUCCCAAGCCCUUGAUUUGCUUUUUGAUUUUACAAUCUGCUUCCUCUGAAUCUGAUGAGGGUGUGUAGUGCCAGGCCAGGAGGACCCUUCACCUGGUGGAAUGGCUCUCACUCUGCUUACCAGGCCUCCUGAAAAGCCAGCCUCUUCCUGGAGUCCCCGAGGGUAGGAGGUUAGACUUCCUGUGGAGGCUUCGCCCUCUCUUUUGUCAGUCCAGGCCGCUCUUGCCUCACCCCUGCAAUAGCCAAAAAGUGGCAAAAGCCCCACGUAUUGCUUUUACCCAGGGUGGCUCUGCAUAAU